AUGAGCAAAGAGGACGGGUCAUGUCGACCCGCUUCUUUGAAGUUCACUAUUGACAAUAUCCUCAGCUCCAAGCCGAGUAGCAGAAACUUUGACAGCUGUCAUUCAAAAACAUCGCUUGUAGUCUGUCGGGAUGGCUGUCUGCAUCACCCGGGAGAAAGUGGGGAUCUACGGAAGGAAACAUCAGAUGCAAGAUUACAUGUCACUGAUAAAGUCAACAGGGAUAGCAGCGUGGACGAGCUCAAAACUGUUGACUUGCGCCACGAGAGUACGGACAGCUGCGACGACGCGCAACAGAAGAACAACGCAAAGAAGAGCAAAUUGAUGUCGAAAAAGAAAACGCGCACUAUAUUUUCAAAAAGACAGAUUUUUCAGCUGGAGUCUACGUUUGACAUGAAACGCUAUCUAAGUAGCGCGGAGCGCGCGUGCCUGGCGAACUCCUUGCAGCUCACAGAGACUCAAGUCAAAAUCUGGUUUCAGAAUCGGCGGAAUAAAUUAAAACGGCAACUGUCAACUGAACUGGAGGGACCGAAUAGCGAAUUCGCGGAUAUCGGAAAGACGGUACCUCUCCCAGCUAUAUAUAAAGAGAAUAAUCUGCUUGGAAGAUGCAUGCUUCCAAUGCCCCUGCCAGUCGUGUAUCCUGGAGGUAGCGCGCCUUACUUUUAUUUCUCAAAUGCCAGCAAGUAUUUCAGCCUGUUUGAUGGAGAUAUAUGACGUAGAGAAGCCUAACACGGGGACAGUUUUAUAGCUCCUGGCCAACUCACAUUUUAAUGAGCCAUUAUCAAUCUAAUGCCAGCUUUUACAGAGAAGGCUUUAGGCUAGUGCCAGACUAAAAUGCAUGUUUGAGCUGUCAUAACUGAAAAUAACUUGUCCUGACAUAUCAUAAAUAUGUCAGUGUCAUUGUUUUGUCUCAAAAAGUCAAGAUGCACACCAGUAAUGAUUUUCUUUUAACCAAGGCAUAGACAUGGUCUAAGCUAAGCCUUGUCUGUAAAACCGGGCCUAAAUGUUUUGCUGAGAACAUUGUUCAGCUGACAGGGAAUAAGCUGGCCUACAUUUCUAUGCAAAACUGAAUUUAUUUAUUGUACGCUGUAAACAUUUAAUUAAAAAUACACAUAGCAUAAUGCUAUCCAGCUCUGUAGUGCAUACUGGCAGAAAUGCCAAUGGCAAUUAUAUAACACAAAUUGUUUACUGUUUACAUUAUUAUUAUUUUUAUUAUUAUUAUUAUUACAGACACAUCUUCGCCAAAGACUGAUUAUAGAUGCAUGCAUUUGUAUUUGCCUCUAUUUUUUAUGAGCGCAUUUAAAACAUUUAAGUGAAUGUAUUGGUUAAUUUACAUUAAACGCAUGUUUUUUAUGUUUAUUCCUUUAACAUUUUAUUUUGUUGUAAUACCUUGAAAGCAUAACGGCCGAUCGAAGUUCUACGAUUAUUAACAUCUUUUAUCGAGUGCCAUUAAAUAUCUUGUUUCACACUUGUUUUAAAAAAAAACUUUUGUGUCCUGACUUUUUACCUUUGUAAAUUUUUUACAUUUUAGUGUAAGAAAGUUGUAGUCUCUAGUAUUGUGUUGGUUGUGAAUUAAUCCAAACUAGGUCAGUCUCAGUGAUGCUUAUUAAACACGUGAGUCUUAUUAGCAACGUUACGGUCGCUUGCAAGAAUUAUGUAUGGCAGGCUAACAAAACCCUUACUGAAAAACAAAGUAAAUUACCAUGACCCAAUGUCCUAUUAUACUCGGACUAAAUUU